AUGCUGGUGGUUCCUUCUUUGAAACCGAUGGCACCAUCGCCAAAUCUGCUCCGGUUUCUGAGAUCCCAAUCGGAUACUCUCUUUUUCACCUCGAAUCCGACGAAUUUGAACGCCAACACCGCUUCAAAUCAAUGGAAUAACGGGAAGUAUAGAAGGAUAAACUGGAUACGGUUAAAUUCAGCGCCUUGUUUGGCGCAAAUUGAAUCUUCUUUUUUGCUUGUAUGGCCUUCGGUGAAAAUUCCGACGUCGCGAAAAUCGUCUCAGCUACGCACCUCGCUCACGACUCGUCCUGAGGCAAUAAGAUCAAGCGAAUGUGUGAAUUAUCCUCGCUAUGCUGCGUCGCGCAAUGUUUCGACGAAUCAUAAGCGUUGGUGGAACAACUGGUUUAAGAAGGACGCAUACCAAAAGUGGAAAAACUCAACAUCUCCUCCAAUCACGAGUUUCACAGACGAAGGCGCAGAAGGGAAUCUUUUCAAUUUAGGGCGAACCCUGGCAUCGAAGUCGCUUGACGAACCACGAUUGCGCUGUACUGAAUUCGACGAGAAUGGGAAUGUCACAUUGGUCAAUGGGGAGUUUCGGAAGAGUGAGCUCAUUGCUAAGUACGGUCUUUUGAAUCGUGACUUGCGAAAAAUUGACUCCUCCGUCUUACCUCACAUCCUCGUGCGACCAACUACAAUCCUUAUUUCGCUGCUACAUCUUCGCGUUCUGAUCAAAGCCGACCGAGUUCUGGUCUUUGACGCAUACGGUUCAGCUGACUCGUAUACCCAGUCCGUUUUUAUGUAUGAUCUGGAGGGCAAAUUGAGACAGCGCCAGGCUCCGGGGUCGGGGGCUUUGCCAUAUGAACUUCGUGCGCUUGAAUCUGUCUUGAUUAGUGUGACUAGUGGUCUGGAAAGUGAAUUUGAAGGUGUGCGAGAUCCCGUUGUGCGCGUACUGCGGGCACUGGAAGAAGAUAUUGACCGAGACAAACUGCGACAUUUACUUGUUUACUCGAAAAAAUUGGGUAGUUUCGAACAAAAGGCGCGUCUCGUGCGAGAUGCCAUCGAUGAUCUGCUAGAAGCCGAUGAUGAUCUUGCUGCGAUGUACUUGUCUGAUAGGGCUCAAGGGAAGACGCGGGCUGAAAACGACCACCAAGAGGUGGAGAUGUUGCUUGAAUCUUACCAUAAGAUAUGUGACGAAAUUGUUCAAGCUAGUGGGAACCUGGUCACCGCUAUUCGAAACACUGAAGAAGUUGUCAAGGCAAUUUUAGAUGCGAACCGCAAUUCCUUGAUGCUUCUAGAUUUGAAAUUCAGCAUUGGCACCCUUGGUCUUGCCGCGGGGACUCUAGUCUCAGCAUUGUACGGCAUGAACUUGAAAAACUUUAUCGAAGAAAGUGAUUUCGGGUUUGGCGCCGUGUCUGCGACAUGUUUCGUUUGCAGCAUCCUCGUGAGUCUCUAUGGACUUGCAAAGCUACGCAAAGUCCAACGAGUAAGAAUGUGGGGGGAAGGCGUGGAUUCUGCGGGUAUUGGUCCGCUUCAGAAUCGCAGUCUAGCGCUAUCCAACCGUGGGAAUUGGCGCUCUGACGCGAUCGAGCCCAUGUUGGCUGGUCUCCCCGGUGAAGGACGAUCCGAAAGGUUGAGAAGAUUCCGGGAGGCAGUCAAGUCUACCGCAGCAAAGGGUCAUGCAGCUGCAGAUGCGGCCCGACGCAAGGCAGUCUCGCAAGCUCGACACACAGCGAGUCGCCUACACGGCAAAAACGACAGAAAAACCGAAGAAAGUACCUCUGGCGAGACAAGUCCAAAGGAGCAAUGA